AUGGAAGAAGCAAUCGCGGAUCGCAUCAGUCUGUUAGAGGAGACUCUUGGAAUCAGUGAAAAAAACGAUAUUAAAAGCUCGGAUCUUGAUGUGCAUGGGUUGAUCAAGAACCUCGAAAGUAAAGGAUUGAACCAUAUUCUGAAAACACCAAUUGAUGAUCUUAAAAGAUUACGAUCCGUUUUGGAUUCUCAUGACAAAGAUAAUUUAACUGAGAUGCUUUCUAACCUCGUUAUAGCCGAAAAGUCCCUCAUCGAAGAGAGAGCCGGAAUGAUUGAAGAAUUCCAAACGAAACUUGAAGUUGUUCUGGAUUGUACAUAUAUUAAAGACGUCGAAGAACAAUCCAAAGUUUUGGAUAAGCUAGAGAAAUCAACGGAAGAAGUUGUCACCGAGUGGAAGCAACAUUGCCGUAAAAUACAAACUUUUAUUAACGAGUAUGUGUGUCUUAUACAAGGAUUGGUACAGUACCAAACAAAGUUAGAAACUGAGGUAACACAACUGGAGCUCAUGAAAAAAAGAAAUAAUGCCAAAUCCUGA